CGGAGCGGUACAGCCGGGCAUACCGGGGAAGGAGGAGACGCCACAACAGCCCUAGUGACAUAACAUCGCUGGCAUUUACAGCUUGGGAGGCAUCAUGGCAAAAGUACAGAUUCUCAACAUGGUCGUGCUGGAUAACCCCUGCCCCUUCCACAACCCUUUCCAAUUUGAAAUUACUUUUGAAUGCAUAGAGGACCUGCCAGAUGAUCUGGAAUGGAAGAUCAUCUAUGUGGGAUCUGCUGAGAGUGAAGAAUAUGAUCAGGUGCUGGAUUCUGUCUUGGUGGGACCUGUCCCCGCCGGCCGCCACAUGUUCGUCUUUCAAGCAGAUGCUCCCAAUUCCAGCCUUAUCCCCGAGUCCGACGCUGUAGGAGUGACUGUAGUGUUGAUUACUUGCACGUACCGUGGUCAGGAGUUUAUCAGAGUUGGAUAUUAUGUAAACAAUGAGUAUUCUGAUCCAGAGCUACGGGAGAACCCACCUCUCAAACCACAUUUCGGCCAGCUUCAGAGAAACAUCCUGGCAUCAAACCCACGCGUCACACGCUUUCACAUCAACUGGGAAUGCGCGAGCGAGGCAAAGAUGGAAGACAUUGAAAACGUGGACCCUGCCUCUAAUGCAAUGUUGCCUCCUAACUGUGCCCCGUCUAAGGGUCUUGCAGCUGCACUUAACCCAAUCCCAGAGAAUUCCAUGGACUGUAUGUGAUAGCAGUAACAGAGGGGCAAUAUGGGCUGCAGCAAGGGAAACUGCCACAAACUCUCUACCACAACAGUCUCGGCUUCCUGUGAGCACUCUACAAUCACUGCCAACUUAACACUUCUGUCGCUCCAGAGUGUCUAGCUUGCCGGUAGUUCCACUCACCAAUUAGUAGGAUUUUUUUUUUUUUUUACACAAAAGCAGUCUUCCUCUCGUAACGAGACAGAUCUUCCCGCCUUUCGCUCAGCAGUAUAUUAUUUCAACUGAAAACUUCCAACCUUUUAAUGUUUCAGUGUUUUAUAUUUCCAAAGCUACCAAGGCCCAUCCAUUUAAACAUUUUGUUACACUUCAUUCUUUCACACUGCUAUCUUUGUCUCCUUUUUUUCUUUUCUUUGAGCCUGUAAAAGUAAGGCUCUGAGCUGAAUGUAGUGGCCCUGGAGUCCCUAACAGCAUCAGUUUAUAGCUUCCGUGGGUACCUUUUGCCCGUCGCAUUAUUGCCACCUCCUCUACUGAGGCAUGUCGGUACAUUCAGCGAGGAAGAGACUUCAUUUCCUGCAAUUAAAUCUCUCUGCUGCCUGGUGCUAAUUAAUCAUGCUGUCACUGACCUUAGAUAAACAUCGGCUUUGUGAGCCAUUGCUGGUAACUUGUUUGAAGCCGGUUUGUCUUUGGGAAAUGCAAGAUAAGGCAUAGAAUUUAGCCUAAUUGCAAAAAUGGUCUUGCAUGAACUGGCACAUUUUCUUGCACCCAACAUGCUAGGAAUCUUUAUCUACCGGACAGGUACAUAAAUGAGCAGGAUUGCUCUAGUGUUCUCCAGGAAAUUGCAAGCAUGGCUGUGGACCCCGCAGCCACUGCAACAGACUGUUUUUGUUUUGGUUUCUUUUGUUUUUUUUCCUCUAAAUAUUACGGACUGUGGCUUUCCAGCCGAAAUAAAUUACUAUCUCAAGGUCUUGAGAUAUUUGGGGAUCCCCAGCCCCACAAAUAAGGGGGAGGAGGCAAUAGAUAUGAGUCCUCCCCAAACUCCAGGAGCCUCUCUUGUUUUGUAUUUUUGUUCAGCUGCCUUAGCUGGAUGUAAAUGGUUGAUGGCCAUUAAUUUCCUAUGUGUUUUUUUAAAAAAUUAUUAUAUAUAUAUGUGAGUAGGAAUUUGCUUAAAUAAAAGCACUUAGAGCAAA